AUGGAGCAGCAGCUAGCGGCGUGUCUGGAGGCAACUCUCUCGCCUGACGCGGCGCUGAGAACCAACGCCGAGUCACAGCUGGAGUCGUUGCGUGCGCCAGAGCACGACCCACUGGGCCACGCCGGCCUCGGCUUCGUCAAAGUGCUGCUCGACCCCUCGACACCCGUUUACAUCCGCCAAUCUGCGGGCCUUGCCCUCCGCAAGUACAUCACAGCCAGAUGGUCGCCCUACUUUGACGGCUUUGUCGGGUCCGCCGUCGAUGUGAGCGUCAAGCAGCAGAUCCGCAGCGCUCUCCUUCCUGGCCUCAGCGAUCCGGUACGCAAGAUCCGCCUCGCCACGUCCUACGCCAUCUCCACCAUUGCAGGUCCCGACUAUCCGGACGAGUAUCCGGACCUCUUGCCUCACAUCCAGCAGCUCCUUGCGCAUCCAGAACCCAACGGCUUGCAUGGAGCCAUGACGCUCCUCUCCGAAUUCGUCCGCGUCGAGAUGGACGAAGUGCAAUUGAUCCAAGUGGCAAAAGAGAUCCUGCCUGCCCUGGAACAGGUCCUUGCGCUCGAGGAUGCUCACAGCGCCUAUGUCCGAGCGAGGUGCGUGCUCGUCUUCCGCCAGUGCCUCACCACACUCUACAUGGUCAAGGAAACCUUCCCGGAUGUCGUCAAGCAAGCUUCCAGCACCAUUCUUCCACGCUGGCUCUCCAUCAUGCACUCGAUGCUCUCCUACGAUGCCGCCGCGCAGCUUGGCGCAGACCUCCAGCAGAACUGGGGCACGCUUGCAGUCCGCAACGAGAUCUUCAAGACCCUCAAGGUGGCCGCACUCUUCCGCUCGCAGUUCAAGUCUCAUCUGCACGCCUUCAUCCAGUCUUCGCUCGCCAACCUCGUCUCGCUCCUUCCGCCCUUUCGUCAGCUCCACCUGUCAAACGCCUCGGACGUCGGCGUGCCUUCGUCGGAAGAAGGUGAUGACGACGUGGCCUCCGAUGUGCCCUCUCUCGUCUCUUCGAUCCUCGACUUCAUCAACGACGCCUCUCGCGGCGAUCGUUGUCGCGACAUUUUCAUCAGUGGCGGCACUGGAGGAAACGGCAACGAGACUCCAGCUUUGCAGCAGCUCAUCGGCCUCCUCCUCGUAUACAUCGACAUGACCACCGACGACGAGGACAACUGGGCCACCGAUGCAAACGCUUUCAUCGCAGACGAAGACGACGAGACGCUCGCCUAUAGCCUCCGCAUCGCCGUCGCCGACCUGCUGGGCAUGCUCAUCGAGGACUUCCCCGUCCCAACUCUCCGCUCCAUCGGCCAACAGGCCCACCAGCUCGUCGACCGUGCCAACGCCGACAGGGCCAAUGGAGACCAGGACUGGUGGAAGAUUCACGAGGGCGUCUUGACCGCCAUCGGCAACAAUGCAGAUGCCAUCAUCGACAUCGUCGACUCGCAAUCCCAAGGCAAGCAGAUCCUCGACCUUGAAUCCAUCUUCACCACCAUCGUCCUGCCCAACGUCGGCAACGACGCGCCUCCAUUCUUGCAGGGACGCGGCUUCGUCUUUGCUUCUCAAUUUGCCACUUCUCUUCCGGCUGAGCUCGCCGUGCAAUUUCUGGACGCUGCCGUCAACGCCAUCGAAUCCGACAGCGCCUCGCUUCCCGUCAAGAUCUCGGCGGUGCGAACGGUCAAGAACUUCUAUCGACAUCUUCCAUCAAGCGUCGUCGGCCCUUAUGCUCCACGCAUCAUCCAGAAGCUCGGCCCUCUGCUCACACAGGCCUCAGAGGAUACCCUCAUCCUCAUCAUCGAGACCGUCCAAGCAGUCAUCGUCGAAGAGACGGAUGACGGCGCAGCCAGCACGGCCGCUCUCGUCGAGCCCGCGACCGUCGGCGAGAUCGUCAAGGCAGCCCUUCAGGUGUGGGCUCCGAACGCCAAGGACAUUAUCCUGCUUUCCGUCAUUUCGGAUCUACUCGAGUCCCUGUCUGGUUCCAAGCAGCCCGGCGUGUCCCAGAUCAUCGUGCAGCAGAGCCUGCCCUUCCUGGCGGCAGCAAUCGGCUCGAGCUUGUCCGAUCAGAACACAUCGACUGCCGACGACGAGCCUUCGGCGCUCGCCGAGACUGCGAUCGAGCUGGUCAAGAGUGUGCUUGAUGGCGCACCUCCAGCGGCCCUUCGUGGCGCUGUCAACGUCGUCUGCCCAAACCUGUUCCAUGUGCUGUCUGUGAGCCAAGAUCGAGAUGUCCUCCAAAACGGCAUCCAGUGCAUGACCGUUCUCGUCAAAAAGUGCACAUCCGAGCUUCUGGACUGGAAAGAUCCCAAUGGACAGACCACGUCGGUGGACGCCAUGCUCCAAAUCAUCGCCAAGCUGCUCGCUCCCUCGGACGACUCGGAAAGCGGUGGCCUGGCCGUGGGCGACCUUGUCGUUGCAAUUCUCAGGAAGGCCGGCGAUCGAGUCGCCCAUGUUCUGCCCGAGCUCGCCAACGCGAUGGUUCAGCGCCUCUCCACGGCGCAGACGGCCACUUUCACACAGUCGCUCAUCAUGCCGAUAGCGUACCUGAUGCACGAGAGCGACGAGCAGGCCAAGCAGGUCAUGGAUCUGCUCGAGUCUGUUCAGGUCGCGUCGUCGUCACAGGCUCCCGGCAGCGAAAGCGGCGACGGCCUUGAGGUGCUGUGCAAGAAGUGGGUCGACAAUGUCGAGACCUUCCAAGGAUUCUGGGCGCAGCGCGUCAGUGCGCUUGCUCUGGCAAAGGUGCUCGACAGCAGACGCCCAUUCCUGAACACGAUCAACGUGCGAGGCGAUAUUCUGCCGGACACUUCGGGCAUCAUCCGCACUCGCUCGCGCGCAAAGACGAUGCCGCAUCAGUAUACCAGCGUGCCGAUGUUUGCCAAGAUCAUCAAGGUGCUCCUGAAGGAAUGGAGCUCUGCUUCGCAUGCCGGCGGCGGCGGCGCAGGUGGCAGGGGGGAUGGCGCACGGACACCCGAAACGGACGAUGAGGACGGCGAGUGGGACGACGAGUAUGAGCCGCGCGGACAAGGCAACGACGAAUUUGCCUUCCUCUCGGACAUGCUUGGACCUGGCGGACUGGACGCGCUUCAGAACGACGACGACCUGGCGCUGGAGGACGACGAGGAUCUCAAGUCGGAUCCUGUCUACAGCAUGGACCUUAAGAGCUGGCUCUCGCAGUAUCUGCAACAUCUGGCUCAGACGGCAGGCCGUUCGUCGUUCGAAUCGCACGUGUCGCCGCAUCUCAACGCAGAAGAGGCCUCGAUGCUCAACUCGAUUCUGUCCUGA